GCGCGCAGAGCGGCGCCGAUGGCGGAGCAGCGCGUGUCGCGCUGGUACUUCGGGGGCCUCGCGUCCUGCGGAGCCGCCUGCUGCACCCACCCGCUGGACCUGCUGAAGGUCCACCUCCAGACCCAGCAGGAGGUGAAGAUGCGGAUGAUGGGGAUGGCGAUGCGUGUGAUCCGCACUGACGGCUUCUUGGCUCUCUACAACGGGCUCAGCGCCUCGCUGUGCCGGCAGAUGACAUAUUCCUUGACUCGCUUCGCCAUCUAUGAGACUGCCAGGGACCGCCUGGGCCAGGGCGGCCAGGGGCCUCCCCCCUUCUACCAGAAAGUGCUACUGGGUGCAGUGGGAGGUUUCACUGGCGGGUUUGUGGGGACCCCAGCAGAUAUGGUGAAUGUCAGGAUGCAGAACGAUGUGAAGCAGCCACCCGCUCUGCGGCGCAACUAUUCUCACGCCCUGGACGGCAUGUACCGUGUCCUGCGGGAAGAGGGCUUGAAGAAACUCUUCUCGGGAGCUACAAUGGCAUCCAGCCGAGGGGCCCUUGUCACCAUUGGGCAGCUCUCCUGUUAUGACCAGGCCAAGCAGCUGGUUCUCUCGACUGGGUUUCUGUCAGACAACAUCUUCACUCACUUCCUGGCCAGCUUCAUUGCUGGUGGAUGUGCCACAUUCCUGUGUCAGCCCCUGGAUGUGCUCAAGACCCGUCUCAUGAACUCCCAGGGCGAGUACCGGGGUGUUGCCCACUGUGCCAUGGAGACUGCCAAGCUCGGCCCCCUUGCCUUCUACAAGGGCUUUGUUCCUGCUGCUAUCAGGCUCAUUCCUCACACCGUCCUCACCUUUGUCUUCCUGGAACAGCUGCGCAAAUAUUUUGGGAUCAAAGUGAUCACCUGAGCAGGAGGGAUGGGACCCUGCCUCGCCCCGGGGGGUGAGCACACGGGUCACUGCUGGGAUCCCAGAGUCCCUCUCUUCUGUCUGGGGCCAGCACCGCUCCCUGUCCCUCAUCCCCACUCCUGUGCCUUUCCAGUGCCUGUGGCAGCCACUCCCAGACUGCCUUUUCCUCUCUCAUGCCCAUUCUCAGCACCUCCAUUACCUCUGGGAUAUUCUUGGGCCUCUUGCCCCCUCUGCACUCUUGGUUUUGGGUUUUUCUUGCUUUCUACCCUUCCCUCCCUCAGCCCUGUCACUUGUGUGCCUCCAGGAGCAGGACUGUGCUGUCCUGGGGGGACAAGAGAUCCGGGGAGGGGGGGAACUCAGACCUUGGGCUUCGUGCCUGGUGCAGGGCCCAUGGGGCUGGGGAGCCAGUGACCAUGCUUCAGGGGAGGCCUGUGCUGGGGCAGCAGGGCUGGGGCUGGCUGGCUCCCAGCCUCUGCUGAUCAGCAAGGGGAGACACCUUAGUACCUCUGGCCUUGUGUGCUCCUCCACUGCCACCUCUGCCUCCCAGCCUCCCCCCUCUGCUUCCCAGCCUCCCCUGCUUCUUUCUGCUUGGCCAAAAUUCCCCAGCACCCAACGGCUGCUGGGCUUUUCAGGGAUUGUGCCUCAUACCAAUGAUGACAGAGCCAACCCCACAGGUGAGGGGCAGCCACUUGGCUCCCCUACCCUGGCACAGGCUGGAGCCCUUCUCACCUGCUCUUGCCUGUGGUGGGGCUGGCUGCUGUGCCCUGGCUUGGGUGGGGGGCCUGGCAGUGCUUGCUGGAGCACUCGCUCACCCUUUGCCAGGGCCUGGGGUGGGGGUGUCUGUCCAGCACUGCUCCAUGGCUUCAACUCCACUGCCCCAAUGCUGCCCCCCACCCCCUCAUCCUGCACAGGGGGCUGUGGGCACCAGCCCCUCUGCUGUGUGCACCCCUGGGCAUGGUGGCCCAAGGGAUCAAAGAACUGGAAUAUCUGUGACUUUAUUAUAUAUUAAAGAGUGGAACAAGCA